UGAAAACAUACUGUGUUUACUUUUUCUCUGGAUGCUCGAGCAGUCAACCAAUAUGCAAAUUAACUGAAAUGGCGAAAUCUGAAUUGUGCUGUGUUUUUGACGUAUUUAUAAUGUUCAAGGUGUUUUUUCGGUAAAGAUGGGUUGAAUAUGUUUAAAGAACCCCAAACGUCACUAAAAUUGUUUUGCCAGUGUUGAAAAUAGUUUACAUACGAACGAAAUGGCCUGUGAUAAAAUUAAAGUGGCUGUCAGAGUUCGACCGUUUAAUAGAAGAGAACUGGAGCUGGGAACGCAAUGUGUGGUACAAAUGGAUGCUCAUCAAACCAUAUUACAUCACGUGGAGAGGAAGCAAAUAAAAACAUUUGCUUUUGAUCACUGCUUUUAUUCGCUAGAUCCUUCAAGGGAAAAUUUUGCAAGUCAAGAAAUGGUUUUUGAUUGCUUAGGCAGAGAUAUACUGGACAACGCAUUCCAUGGUUAUAAUGCAUGCAUCUUUGCAUAUGGCCAAACAGGUUCAGGGAAAUCUUACACCAUGAUGGGAGGUCAAGAUAGCAAGGGUAUUAUUCCUCGUUUAUGUGAUUCUUUGUUUGAUCUUAUUGCUAAAAAACAAAGUACAGAAUUAACAUACAAAGUUGAGGUCAGCUAUAUGGAAAUUUACAAUGAAAAGGUGCAUGACUUGUUGGACCCUAAGACCAACAAAUCAACUUUGAAAGUACGAGAACACAAUGUUCUGGGUCCUUAUGUUGAUGGACUUUCUCGUCUUGCUGUUACUUCAUUCCAGGACAUCGACAACCUGAUGGCGGAGGGCAACAAGUCACGCACAGUGGCAGCUACCAACAUGAACAGUGAGUCGUCACGCUCCCACGCUGUAUUCUCUGUGGUGCUAACCCAGACAUUGACGGACAUCAGGAGUGGGGUGUCUGGGGAGAAAGUCAGCCAUAUGUCACUGGUGGACUUGGCCGGCAGUGAGAGAGCUGUCAAAACUGGUGCUGUUGGUGAGAGGCUAAAAGAAGGUUCCAAUAUUAACAAGUCUCUCACAACUUUAGGUCUAGUCAUAUCGAAGUUAGCUGAUCAAGCAUCAGGUGCAAAGACGAAGGACAAGUUUGUGCCGUACCGAGAUUCUGUUCUCACGUGGCUUCUGAAGGAUAAUUUAGGAGGCAAUAGCAAAACUGUUAUGGUAGCCACCAUUUCACCUGCUGCCGAUAACUAUGAAGAAACAUUAUCUACACUGCGUUAUGCAGAUCGUGCAAAACGUAUUGUCAAUCAUGCAGUUGUGAAUGAAGAUCCAAACGCACGUAUUAUACGCGAACUACGUCAAGAAGUAGAAGCAUUGAAGGAAAUGCUAAAGCAUGCUACGGGAUCCGAAGGCUACAAAGAGCAGACCAGUGUGGAUCUACAUGAAAAGUUGACAGAGAGUGAGAAGUUGAUGCGUGAGAUGUCUCAAACUUGGGAAGAAAAAUUAGAAAAAACUGAACGUUUGCAGCAAGAAAGGCAGCAGGCAUUGGAGAAGAUGGGUAUUAGUGUACAGGCUUCCGGCAUUAAGGUCGAGAAGAACAAGUAUUAUUUAGUAAAUCUGAAUGCAGAUCCGUCCCUUAAUGAACUCUUAGUGUAUUAUCUUAAAGAGCGAACAUUGAUUGGCAGUAGAGGUGCUACAUCAGAACAAGAUAUCCAGUUGUCAGGAUUAGGUAUUCAACCAGAGCAUUGCAUCAUCAUGAUUGAAGAUGGAGGACUCAUCAUGGAACCACUUUCAAAUGCUCGUUCAUAUGUCAAUGGCCAGCCAGUUACAGAAAGAACACAGUUACAUCAUGGUGACAGAAUACUUUGGGGAAACCAUCAUUUUUUUAGAGUUAACUGUCCUAAGUCAGCAUGCGUGACUUCUGAACCACAGACUCCCGCACAGACGAUAGACUACAAUUUUGCAAGGGAAGAGUUGAUGCUCAACGAGCUGAGCAAUGACCCAAUUCAGACGGCAAUAGCCAAGCUCGAGAAGCAACAUGAAGAGGAUAAACAAGUUGCAUUGGAGAAACAGCGCCAAGAAUAUGAGCGACAAUUUCAGCAGUUGCGUAAUAUACUUUCACCAUCGACACCGUACUCUCCAUAUGUGCCAUUUGACCCCUUCAGGAUUGGCAAAAUUACACCCUGUACUCCAACCACUCAGAUGAGGGUGGAGAGAUGGGCACAGGAAAGGGAUGAAAUGUUUAAGCGUAGCUUGGUACAACUAAAAGCUGACAUUUUGCAUGCCAAUGCAUUGGUGCAAGAAGCAAAUUUCUUGGCGGAGGAAAUGGGCCGUAAUACUACGUUCAGUGUGACGUUGCAGAUUCCACCAGCCAACCUGAGCCCAAAUAGAAAGCGUGGAGCAUUCGUUAGUGAACCUGCCAUUCUUGUGAAGAGGAAAGGUUUGGGUAGCCAGGUGUGGUCCAUGGAGAAGCUGGAAAAUAAAUUGAUAGACAUGCGGGAAUUGUAUGAAGAUAAAAAAGAAAAAAAUCUUCCUGUGAAGGAAGAAGUAAUGCACAGAGGACUGGAUCCAUUUUAUGAAUCCCAAGAAAACCACAAUUUGAUAGGUGUGGCAAAUGUUUUCUUGGAAGUACUUUUCCAUGAUGUUUCCUUGGAUUAUCAUACACCUAUCAUUAGUCAACAGGGCGAAGUCGCUGGUAGACUUCAGGUGGAGUUGGGGAGGGUUUAUGGCAGUUUUCCACAUGAUCGCAUAUGUGAAGCAGCAUCAGACAGCUCUGGAGACAGUGGACGCGAGGACGAAGAUACCUCGACCAACAACCAAGUUACCUGUAGAGUAACAAUAAAGCAGGCAUCAGGACUACCAUUGUCUCUGUCAAACUUUGUUUUUUGUCAGUAUUCAUUCUGGGGGCACCCUGACAGUAUAGCUGUUCCUCCUGUUGUUAAUCCUGAAGAACCUGUACACAGUUCUUUUGGAAGGGACUCUAUGACAUUUAAAUUUGAUCACACACGUGAUUUUGUGGUUGCAGUUAACGAAGAGUUCAUUGAACACUGCUCAGAUGGUGCUCUUUCUAUAGAAGUUUGGGGCCAUCGAUGUGCAGGCUUUACGAAAACCAAAGAAGGCUGGGAAGUUGAGCAGCAGCAACUAGCCAAAGCCCGUUCACUUGCCGACAGGUGGAGCGAAUUAACUCGCAAAAUCGAACUUUGGGUGGAAAUUCAGGAGUUGAAUGAGCAAGGUGAAUACACGCCUGUGGAAGUGACUUCUCGCGGAGAUAUCCUCACGGGGGGUGUGUACCAGUUGCGACAGGGCCAGCAGCGAAGGAUACAAGUGCGUGUGAAGCCUGUACAGAAGUCGGGCACACUGCCCAUCAUUUGCCAGUCUAUCGUCAGUAUUGCUGUCGGCAGUGUUUCUGUCAGAUCUCGCCUGCAAAAGCCACUUGAUUCGUACCAAGAAGAAGAUUUAGCUGUUCUGCGUGACAAGUGGAGCGAUGCUCUAAUGAGGCGGAGACAAUACUUGGAUCAGCAGAUCCAGAGGCUGAUCACUAAGCAAGAUAAGACAGAACAGGACCUGGAGCGUGAGCAGAGUCUUGUUGAUCAGUGGGUCAGUUUAACUGAAGAACGAAAUGCAGUCCUAGUACCGGCAUCGGGGUCAGGCAUACCCGGAGCUCCGGCAGACUGGGAACCUCCACUGGGGAUGGAGCCCCACAUACCCGUCCUAUUUCUUGAUCUCAAUGCUGAUGAUCUAUCAACGCAUCAGUUUGGUGAAGAAGUGCCUAUCACUGGGCUUAAUUCAAUCCUUCCAAAAGAACAUGGCAAUAAAUUUUAUAAUUUACCAGUAAUCCGUCACUUAGAAACAGAUGUGUCAGCCGUUGCUGCUUGGGAUUCCUCAAUUCAUGACAGUGUGAAUCUUAACAGAGUUACAGAAGCAAGUGAACGUGUGUACCUGAUUCUGAAAACAACUGUUCGGUUGUCUCAUCCUGCCACAAUGGAUCUUAUUUUGCGAAAACGACUUAGUCUUAAUAUCUACAAGCGGCAGAGCCUCACAGAUCGCAUACGCAAAAGGAUAGUAAGAACUGAUUCUCUUACUCAGACUGGCGUCACAUAUGAAGUGGUUUCAAACAUUCCAAAGGCAAGCGAAGAACUGGAAGAUAGAGAAUCACUUGCUCAGAUAGCAGCCUCAGGAGAAGAUUCAUCUUUUUGUGAUGGAGAAACAUAUAUUGAAAAAUAUACCCGUGGAGUGAGUGCCGUUGAAAGUAUUCUCACAUUGGACAGGUUACGGCAGAGCGUAGCAGUGAAAGAACUUUUGCAGGCUCAUGGGCAGCCACUUAUGAGGAAAACUGCAAGUGUACCAAAUUUCUCACAGAUCAUGAGGUUUGAUAGUGGUUUUGAUGUUAAUGGUGUUAGUCGAUCUGAAAGUGCUACUGAUCUCAACUUGGAACUGUUUGGGAAUUAUGGCGGACGUGAAGUUAGAAACAGACCAAGCUCAUCUGUUGGCUAUGGGAAGACUACUCAAGAUGCAGAUAUCCAUACCACACCUUCGAAACCAUUUGGUCUUGAUCUGCAUGGACUUUUCCCUGCAGCACGACCUACAUUUCUCAAUCUCAACCUGAACCUGAAUGCUCUGCGUCUGCAGCCAGUGGGGCCAAAACCCUCACCAAGUAUUGCAUCCACAAAAUUGGGUCUUCGCAUGACUACCUUGCAUGAAGAACAGUGCAGCAAUUCUGUUUCUGGACUGAUGUCGCCACUGUUGCAAGAAGAUACAAGUGACGAAGGAGAGCUAGAUCUUAAAGACCAGGCUACCAAUGUCGCUAACAAGUCUGAUAGCAAAACACUUAGUGAUGCAGAAUCAUCAGAACCCGAGUCAUAUCAGGUAAACAGUUUUCAGUCGAAAACAAUUCCAGCUAUGAAGUCAUUAUUGCCAAACUCUCGUACACUUGAUUCCUUAUCUGAACUUCAAGGAACCAAGAUGGGUACGCCAAGUACUUCAUCGAGUGGCUACGGUUCCCAAGCAGUGUCCAUCACAAAUCUUUCCAGUGAAGAUUCUUUGUCGAUUCGAAGCAUUAGUGUGGAUGAAACACCAGAUUGUGAAAACAAAGGCCUGAUGUUGCUGGAUUCAAGACCCUGCGAAAUACUUAAUGCCACAUAUGAAAAUGACAGUAUUUUAAAAGUAUUCAAAGGAAAAGAUUUAGACAUUUCUACGCAGAAUUCCGUACCUGUUAAAAAUAAAGUUAAUGAUGCAAAUUUGAGUCUGUGUGAUGAAGUCAACGAUUUAGUGGUUGAAGAGAAUGAUACAGUUGUGAAUUCAACACAUGCAGAAGUUAAUAACAUAGAUUACGAUGUGACAUUGAGCACUAAAAUAGACAAAACCGAUAACAGUACUCAUAAUAAUACUAGAAGUAUUACUGUUAAUAAAGACAAAUUAGUUGAAAUACUCACCAUUUCGAACACUGUACCUGCUGUUGAAACUUUAAAAGUAAAACGUAGUAGUGUCUCUCAAGAGUAUGCAAAAGAUUUGCCAGAAUCUGCAGGAUCACAGAAAUGUUCUUCAGCUAAUGAUGUUUUGACAUGUGAUGGAACAUCCAUUGUUCAUACCUGUCUUCCCCCAGGCAAGGUAGUGCGUCGUCGCAAAGCAGCUGGUAAAGUUAAUAUGGGGUCAAAUCAACCUCAUCGUGCAUCAUUUCCUAUGUCAAGGCCUCAUGUUUCAGAGAGUAAGCAGGCAAUGAAAUUAGAACAUCAGUUUCAUGGAAUGCCUCUGGGCAGCAGCUAUGUUGAUAGCAGUAACGACUCCUCUGCUCAGAAACUGGAAGGUGGAAUGUGUUUUUUAGAUGAUGGCGAUAGUUUGUAUGGCUCCCGGCGUGAUCUACACAGGAUAUCAGAUGUGCCUGUUCCAGACUGGGUUGUGCUAGGAGAAAGUGUUAUUAUUCGGCCAUACAACUCCACAGGUGUGGUUUCGUUUGUUGGUGAAACAGAAUUUGCAGCAGGAAUAUGGGUUGGUGUUGAGCUAGAUGCUCCAACAGGCAAAAAUGAUGGCAUGGUGCAAGGUGUACGCUAUUUCACGUGUAGACCAAAAUGUGGGAUUUUUGUUCGUGCUGAUAAGUUGAUUCAAGAUAGGCAGGGACGUGCAAUGAGAAGCAGUAGUCAUUCACAAGAGCAUGGGAAUGUCAAUACGUUGCACAGGAGUAGCAGUCGAGGUGAGGGUCUGCAGAACGUACACCGCUCACGAAGUCGUGGAGAUGGGUUAAGUACUGUUGGCCUCAAACCAUCACGCAACAAAUAAAUUUUAGGUGAUACAGCUGAGUAUCACUUCAUUAAUUUAAUGUUAUACUGUGUAUUUUUUAUUGAUUCACAAUAAGUACUCUGGUGACUUUUCCUAUAAUUUUACUAAGUAAUUGAUUUGAAUUCCUGUUAAUACAAGGGAAAUUUGAGCCAGAAUUGUGUACAUGAAUUCUGCAAUAAUAUUUAUUCAACAUCAUUUUAAUGUAUAAAAUUAUUGCAUCAUGUAAAAGUGAUAUUUACUAUUUCGUAAUGAGUGUGUUGUAUAGUUAUUGGUCUACAUAGAGUCCGUAACUCAAAAGAUUUAUCAGAAUGUUAAGCUGUAAAUUACAGUAGAAUCCCGUUAUAACGUGGCCAUGGGGGAGAAAUAUCUCGCCCCUUUACUAUUGAUCAAUCUUGGUAGAGAGGAUCCACAUUGACAAGUUGUGGCAUGAUCUGUAAAAUAUUAUGCACGCUGUAUGUAGUUUUUUGUUUGCUUUGGACUAUUAAGCUACUUGUUUUGCAAUGUUUAUGAAAAUGGCAGCUUUAGUUAAAACUUUAUUUAAGUUUGUAUUCAUGCUUAUUUAAAAUAUUCAGAAGACAUUCAUAGCAGUAUGCUGACACCCACACUUCACGCUCUCUUUAUUGUAAAUCCACGUGCUCUCUUUAUUUUAAAUCCAGCCCUACUAAAUGACUAAAUUUGUGGGAGUUUUAAUGCUUAUUUUCCAUUAACACUUUUGUGUCACUGUAGAUAACAAUUUAGCUUCCUUCCAGACUGUCUCCAAGUGUAAUAUUUUGCUUACCGAAAACUCUAGUAGAACAUGUUCAAUUUUAAUGCUGUUCUUGCAAACUCAUAUCGUCAAGAUGGUGAAUCCGUGAUUUUUACCUGUACAUUUUUUUAUUUAUUUUGGUUUUACAUCUUGUCGACUACAAGCUCAUUAGAGACAGACAUACACCACAAAAGUCAAGGGAAUCGGAAAUGGAAUGGCCAUAGUCUAUAGCAAGUAACACUCUCUGUAUAGCUCAGUGUGAUAGUACAUGGUUCUUUACUGCACAUUGAUUAGGUUCACCAUUGUGUUGUCUAAUUAAAACUUUUGUUUAGCUUAUUUUUAAUUUACAUUUUAUAAAUUGAUGUAUGCAAAACAAAUUUAGUUAUAAUAUGUGUUUACCUGCAGUUGUUUGUUUUAUUUUUAAAAACUCUAGAUCAUUUUACUUGUGAUCAGGUAAUACCACAUGAAACUAUUCCUCCACAUUCAUGCCUUACUUGGUAAAAGUAUUUGUUUAAUGCAGUUCUGCAAAAGUAUGUGUGUACAGGUAAUCAUACAUUAAUACAUACCAAAACUAUUUCAAAUUGAAAAUAUACAUCAAUUUUAACCGAAGAGAUAAAAAUACUACUUUUUUAAUAUGCAUAUUUAUUAUGAGCUACUAAAGAUAUUUUAGAUAUAUUUAUGUGGUUUGUAGAGAAAAUUAAAAACUCAUCCUAGCCAAAUUUGAAAAUAAAAGAAAAUAUUUUGUAUUGUUUUGAACUGAAUGUUAUUAUUAAGUUAUGCUUAUACUAUCUACAUUAAGCAAUUAGGAAAAGCAUGGCAAAGAAAGUGCCACUAAAGUUUUAAACCCUAUACAAAUUUUUUUGCUUCCUAACUUUUGCUGGUAAGUAGUAUAAGAUGAUAUUUAAUUUUUUUUUCUUGAAGUUUUACAUUUUUAUAACAGAACCUUAAAUUUUUGGCUACUGAAAUAAAUAAUUUUAAUUUUACUCUAAUGUGCAACUGCUUUAGCCAAAUUGAUUGCUUUUAUCUUUGUAUUCUUAGUAUUGCAUUUAAGUAUGUCACAUAUAUGUUCUUCCCAUUUGCUAUAAAUCUGUCGACCAACUUCUACGCCAGUUGUUAAAACAAAUGUAGCAAAACUUGGGCAGCAUUUUAGGUGGAGGGGAAGCACCUAUGGCAAAAGACAUGGAAAAUGUUCAUUGAAUUUCCAUCCACUUUUUUGGCAUUCUAAUUGAGGGAUAAAAAUAAGGCAGUAGAAGAGGGUGGGUUUUCUUAUCACAAAUUAUUUAAAAAAAAAAGAAUAAUAAAAAGGUAUUUAGUCUGACAAUUUAAUUUUAAAAAUUACUAAUGUAAGUUUUUAAUUGUCUUAAUUUAAUGAACUGCGGAUUUUUGCUACAUUUAUGCAAACGGGUAUCACACCAACAAUUAAUAGUGCAUGAAUAUUCCUUUUUUAAAUCACGCUGAUUCUUUCUUCUCUCUUAAUACAAGACCUACAUUCCUUGGCAAAGGAGAUUUAAUUUAUUAGUUGAAUCGCUGAACAAGUUUCAGUUGUUUGUUGUUGCUCCACGCUAAUGAGCCAAGUACAAAGGAACAGGUUUUUCCAGCAUCAUACAACAGAUGCAAUACUGUCUGUCCCUCUCUCACCUGACCAGAAGUGUCUCCAUGUUUGCUGCUGCUGCUGCUGUUACAUUAAACCAUUUUAUUCAUGAUGCAUUGUGUUGUUUUUCCAGAGGGGAGAACAAUUUGCCGUGCUCUAUACCUACAUCCAGUGUACACCAGACCUUGUUAUUUUGGGCUUCUACUGUACUUAGUUUUAUUUCCUGUUGUUGUGUUCAUAAUUUUUUUAUUUGGCUGUGCUAAGUAGGUUGUUUGUAAAUUGUAUCAUGUAUGUGUAUUUAGUGUAGAAGUUGUUUUUUUUUUGUUUGUGUAUAAAAAAGAAACCAGAGUGCUUAUAUAGUAUUGUUUGUAGCCUGAAGUACUAUUUUAGUAAAAUUAUUUAUGGUACUUAUGUUUUAAACUAUAAAAAUAUAUGUGUUAUGAAAAUAAGGCAGCAUAAAGUCAGGGUUAAAUUAAUCACUUCUAAUCAUUUGUAACAAAUUGUGCAAUUUUAAUUGAUACGUUUUAUAUGGAGCAUUUAUAAUUUAAUUUGACAGUUACUUCUUUUGUGCACAAAGAAAUGAUAUUAGUACUUAGAAUUAGCUGUGGUGCUAGUGCAGCAUAUUUGUAUGUACAUUUUUAACCGUUACACGUGAUUUCCUUCCAAGUGUAUAUUAUAUGUAAUGUAUUAGAACAAUUUACAGCAAUUGAGUUGCUGGUUCUGUUGAAUAUCCAUUUAUGAGUAUAUUGUUUCAGGUGAGAGGGAGGCACUUAUGAACACUUUUUACUUACAUGUUUUAUAAAGUUGCAUAUGUAAUAAACAUAAUGUAUCUGUACAGUUGUGCUUGAAAUUUAAAUUAUUAUUUUAUUUUUAUUAUCAUUAAUGUAUAGCAAGUAAAUCUUCAAAAAUCUGUACAUUUUUCAUUACCUUGCACUCUGUUCAAAUUAAGUCUUAAGAAGUACCAUGUUGCAGUUUUGAACAAGUCUACAUUUAAUUAAACCUGGAAAUAAAAAACAAAUCUGUUGGGAAAAUUGUACAUUUGUUGUUUU